AGGAGUGUUACAAACAACACUGGUCUAGUAAACAACUUUUAGACGAGCUUUUAGCUUAUCUUAAGAUAAAAGGAAAUGAUUUCAACUUCGUCUAAAGUAAAGUUGUAAAAACAAUCUAAAUCUGCCAAGAUUUUGCUUAGUCACAGAUUAAUUUCAUAAUCUUUUGUAGUAUAUAAGACUGCAGCAAGUUUCUAGGAGAGUAUUCGAGAAGGACAAGAGCAAGAAGCAAAUCCGAAAGAAGCAAUGAACUGUUUUCAAGUUAUAGCAAUCUUCUGUUUAGUGAUCGCAGUCAGAUCAGAAAAUGAAUGCAAAUGUUACGGCACGGUUUUAGAUGGUUCCCAUAACACCACCAUUCUUACUAUGUCCUAUCCAAAUACCUUAGGAUGCGAUGAAGCAUCAGAAAUCGCGUGCAAAGAAAAAUGCGCUACCAGAUUUACGGCUGCCACCAAUGAAGGAGAUUUAAGUGCAAGACCACCCCAAUUGGGAGGCAUGACUCUUGGAGCUUUCGUUUGUGUUAAAGUAAGCGACGUCUCUAAUGCUAUGUUGACCGUCUAUGCUCAAGUAUGCCAAAGUGACUACAUAGACACAGGAAUCAAAGGAAAGGAAUUAAUUUGCUGCACCAACAAACAAAAACACAACUGCUAAUUUCGUUAAUUAAUAGUUUAAGAUUUAAUUACAAGUAGUAAUGUAAUUAGACAGAGAUUUGAAUAUUAAUAAAAAGGUUUAAGUCGAA